AUGUGUGAGCUUAAAGAGGUGGUGAACAGUGCAGGGACUAUGCACGGACUUGUGCAUACUUCAGAACUCAUGCCCAGCUCCUGUCAGAUACAUGGCAGGCUCUUCAAGGAGGACGACCUCCAUGUACAGAAUGACAACCAGCCUUUCCUGGCCCUGAUCUAGAAAGUGAAAUUCAGGAAAGAAGAAAGAAUGGAAAUGAUUUUGAGUGACAGGAAGCAAGAAUGUGCUCGAAGACUGCUUCUUUUCCAGAGAAAGGGGACAUUAAUUGUCUCUAUAAUGAUUUUAGGAGGCCAGAAAGAGGAUGUAAGAUUUAAUGAUGAGGGUUUUGCUUAUACUUUUGAGCUUACAUGUUUUGCAUACAUGUGGCUGAAACUGACAGAGAUGCCAUGAAAAGCAGCUCCUAGUGCAACAUCAGCAGUUAGUGUCACUGGAGGAAUAGCAGACCAGAUUACUACCUCAAAGACACCUCAGAGACGUGACAUAGAAAACAAUUCCUGGGCUGAGGUAGUGCCUAUAGGUUUAGUCUUCCACAUCAUGGUGACCCGUGGAGGAAUAGUGUACUCCCUUGGGGAUUGUGCUGAUGCAAGGAAAUAGGUCUCUAACUCUUGCAAGUAUGGUAAUGAGAGGAAAGAGAACUGGACUCUGACUGGGAAAAUAAAUAUUCCUAUGAAUGCUACUGCCUUGAUCACCAUAGGAAAAGUCAAGUUAAUUUAUAUUGUGACAAGGCAGCUGAAUGGGUGCUUCCCAUAUGUUCAGAUGGUAGAUUACUUUGACACUCAGACAGGGAAAGUGCUGCAAUACCUCACGUUGCAUACUGAAUUCAACCAUAAACCUGUUGUUGUCUUUUCCACCGGAGAACAUCCUGACUGUGCACAGCUCCAAAAAAAUUUUUUGGAUAUCAACUUGCAGAAAAAGAUGAGCAAAUUCAUGAACAUUGUUGUGAUAUUACCAAAUACCUGCACUUUACAUUUGUUGCAUGCACUGUGCUCAGUUGGAGACCACAAGGAGGUCCCUCCUGAAUAUUCUCUCAGUCCAAAUACCUUCUGACUACACCAGAAAACAGAGAAAUGGGAAAAUUCUGGUAGAUUCUUCAGAAGUUGUUGA